AUGUUUUUGCUGCCACGUUGCCGUCAUGGUCUACAUCCUAGAUUGCCUCGCCAAGGAGUUCCGCUCGUGACGCGCAGCAGUCGCACGUUGGGGCGUCUGCAAAGUUAUCGUCUCGUCACCGCGCCACGAGCCCAAAUCCGCGGCAAAAAGACAAGGACCACGAUAAACUUGUCGGACUUGCCACAAGGUCCCAUCAAGUCUGAAGCCCCGCUGAUCGACCAUGACGACCAUGAACCAAGCUAUCCCACAGUCGUGCUCCAGGCGCGCCGCAAUAUGCGUAGAUUCCAAAACUGCGUCCUCCUCACUCGCGUAGGGAGUUUCUACGAGCUGUAUUUCGAGCAGGCCGACCAGUAUGCUCCUCUGCUGAACUUGAAACUGGCUUCCAAAAAGACCAGCGCUGGUCCUGUACCCAUGGCUGGCUUUCCAUUCCACCAACUUGAUCGGUUUUUGAAAAUCUUGGUUCAAGACUUAAAUUGCUACGUGGCCAUUGCCGAAGAAUUCCCCAAUGAUGCCGCCGACAAGGUCAAGUCUGGUGGUUUGUUGCAUGACCGGAGAGUAGCUCGCAUCAUCACCCCCGGAACUCUCAUCGACGAGAACUUCAUUGAUCCCUACACGAACAACUACGUUCUAGCUAUUCAUGUCUGUCAAGGCGCACAAGACAGUGCCGCUUCGCAAACACUGCCCGGAAGCGAUGGAGCCCGCCGUUCGUCAACCAAGCCUGCUUCAGCUCUCGGCCUAGCCUGGCUAGACUUGUCCACUGGGCACUUCUUCACGCAGGUGGCUGAGUUGGCAUCGUUGCCGUCGACUCUGUCCCGCAUUGGUCCCCGCGAAAUCGUCCUGAGCGCGGAUAUUGAGUUCCAAAAAGAUCACGAUAUAUUCUCGAUUCUCGCCGAAGACAGAUACUUGAUAACCUACGCUGCCCGUGGCGAAAUCAGCCGAGUUGGAGAUUGGGCGCCCUUGCUGGAAUCCGAGGUAUCGGAGUCAACACAGCAACAGUUUACGCAAGUUGAGAUCCUGGCCGGAAAUCUGGUCCUAAACUACGUCAAGGAACGACUGCAGGGAACGACGAUGAAGCUGCUCCCACCAAUGCGACACGAGAGCAUGCAAGUUAUGAACAUCGACAAGAACAGUUUGCGUGCCUUGGAGAUCAAGCAAACUAUCCGAGACGGGUUUUUCCGUGGAAGCCUUCUCCAUGCCAUCAGGCGCACCGUGACCAAGAGCGGUGCUAGGCUACUCAAUGAGUGGCUGAGCUCUCCGUCCACAUCUCUAGAUGUUAUCAAUGCCCGGCAAAACCUGGUGGCAGGCUUCCUAACCCUCGAAAGCCUUCGCGACUCGAUUGUAGCACUCCUUCGGCGAUGUCACGACUCUCAGCGCCUGGUACAAAAAUUCUCUCUCGGCAGAGGCGAUGCAGACGAUCUCCUGGCCUUGGCAAACACGAUACACGCCACCCAAGAUAUCGUGAGCCUGCUAGAGGAUGCGUCGGCAUCUCCUGACACUCCCGUCCAGACAACGAGUCUGAAAGACCUUUCUUCCCGCAUUGACCUCGCCCAGCCCCUGAAGCUUGCCCUGAAAAUCAAAGAUUCAAUCGACGAAGAAGGAAUCGUGCAUCAACACGAGGUUGAAGAUUCUGAAGCGAGCCAAAUGUUGGCCCUCGCUCACGAUGUUGUCGCCACGGAAGGGUCACAAGAAGAUGCAUCAGCACUGCCCAAGGAGAAAAAGAAGCGACCUGCUUUGACAAAAGAAAAAGAAUCCUAUGCCGAAGACAACGGGCCAUGGAUCAUGAAGCCUGGGGCAAAUGAGAACCUGGCAAAGCUUCAUGAGCAGCUUGCAUAUCUAUUAGAGGAAAAAGUCCGGUUGAACGAAAAACUCCGGGAAAGUCUAGGUGCUGCCAGCUUAACACUGCGCUGGAGCCCCGGACUCGGUCACAAUGCCCACGUCAAAGGAAAAGAUACCAAGCUCUUGAGUGGCAUGCGAGCCUUAUCGUCAAGCCGGUCAACGUCAUCAUUCCAUCUGCCUGAAUGGACAGCCCUCGGACAGCGCCUCGAUCAGGCGCGUUUUCACAUCCGUCGCGAAGAGCAACGUGUUUUCCAAAUGCUGCGUGAGGAGGUGGUUCUGAACCUUGUCAAGCUACGUCGGUGUGCCGCGGUACUCGACGAACUGGACAUUACGACGUCGUUUGCCAAGCUUGCCCUUGAGCAAAACCUCGCUCGCCCAAAGCUCAAUAACUCGACAACGCACACCAUUGUCGGUGGGCGACAUCCUACCGUAGAGGGAGGCUUGGUCGAGAAAGGUCGCAGCUUUGUUCGGAAUGACUGCCAUGUCGGUACCGCAUCGGACGGCUUGCUUUGGCUCAUAACGGGGCCGAAUAUGGCAGGCAAGAGCACCUUCUUGCGGCAGAACGCCUUGAUCACCAUUCUUGCCCAAGUUGGCUGCUACGUGCCUGCUUCUUAUGCAGAGCUGGGGGUGGUAGACGCCCUGUUCAGCCGGGUGGGAUCAGCAGACGACUUGUACCGGGAUCAGAGUACCUUCAUGGUUGAGAUGUUGGAGACGGCGCAGAUCCUCAGACAGGCUACCCCUCGCUCGUUCGUGAUUAUGGACGAGAUAGGCAGGGGCACGACGCCAGAGGAUGGAACCGCAGUGUCGUAUGCCUGCUUACAUCACCUCGUCACUGUGAACCGAUGCCGCACCUUGUUUGCUACGCAUUUUCAUCAAGUAGCAGACCUGGCUGCUGCCGAUGGGCUGUACCAGACGGACGGAAAGGACAGCAGCGCUGUGCAGCUGUACUGCACGGGGUUGGAAGAAGACAGUCAUGGAGGUUUUGUCUACGUCCACCGACUACGAAAGGGGAUUAAUCGCCAGAGCCAUGCGUUGAAAGUGGCACGACUUGCCGGUUUGCCAGAGCGGGCCAUCAACACAGCCAAGCAGGUUCUAGAAGCACAAGGCGGCGUUACGGCAACAAAAUAUGGGCAGGGAGAAGCUGAUGGAGCGAUUGGAGAAGCUGUAUAA